AUGGCUGUGAGGGGUAUGCUUUUGUUUGUGGCAGUAACUGUAAUUUCUACAUCACUAAUGGCUCUGACGGCGCGUGGGAAUUCCGAAGGCGACGCGCUUUACGUGCUACGCCGGACCCUGUCCGACCCGGAUAACGUGCUUCAGAGCUGGGAUCCGAACCUCGUUAACCCUUGCACCUGGUUUCACGUUACCUGCAACCAAGACAACCAAGUCACUCGCCUGGACCUUGGCAACUCAAAUUUGUCUGGUCAUCUGGUACCCGAACUUGGAAAACUCGAACAUCUGCAGUAUCUGGAACUUUAUAAAAAUAACAUUCAAGGGAAAAUUCCAGCUGAGCUUGGUAACUUGAAGAACUUAAUAAGUUUGGAUCUGUACAACAACAAUAUCUCGGGGAUAAUCCCUCCUUCAUUGGGAAAUUUGAAAUCUCUCGUCUUCUUGCGUCUUAAUGACAAUAAGCUAACCGGGCCAAUCCCAAGGACACUUGCUGGUAUUUCAAGCUUGAAAGUUGUGGAUGUCUCAAAUAACAAUUUGUGUGGUCCAAUCCCUACAACCGGUCCAUUUGAGCACAUCCAAUUGGAGAACUUUGAGAACAAUCCUCGUCUGGAGGGACCUGAAUUGCAAGGACUUGCCGGUUAUGAUACAAACUGCUCAUAA